AUGUCCACCUCCAACCUAGCCCAGUUCUCCACUUGCGAAAUCUCAGACGCUCUUAUAAAACUCUCUCUUCCUCAUGGUGGCCUUCUCCCAGAUAUUUAUAUAAUCUCCCCUGCAUUAUCUGGCUCAGCAACUAGAAUAUGCGGCUCAGCCUACACAGUCCAAAUGGUCGUCACUUCCGACAUAUCAGCCCCAAAGCUAUCCGCUCAUUUCGUUGACACUAUACCUGCCCAUUCAGUUGUUGUCAUCAACGCGCCCCCAGAGGCAGUCAAUGCAGUCUGGGGCGGAUUGAUGACUGCGGGAGCGCAGGCCCGCCUGGCCAGCGGCGUCGUUAUUUCUGGACGCUGUCGAGACAUUGCCGAACAUCGCCAACUUGGUUUUCCUGUCUUUGCCAGGGGCCACUCUACGCUCGGUCAAUCGCCAUUCACGCGCCCCUCAGCCAUCAACGUUCCUCUUGUCAUUGCUGCUCCUAGCCCAGUCGCGGACUCGUUUCCUGCCCUCACAGUGCAUCCCGGUGAUUGGAUAGUCGCAGACGAGGACGGUGUGGUCUGUGUUCCCAAAGACCUAGAAUCCCAUGUCAUUGAGUUGGCAACAAGGGGAAGAGAGAUCGAUGACCGCUGUAUGCAGGACAUCAAGGCUGGCAAGGGAGUACAAGCUUCCUUCAAUCUGCAUCGAGGAAAACCAUAA